ACACGCGGUCAUUUGGAUCAUGUUCGGUUCAAGAUAAUUCGACUCAAGUCAUAGGUACGAGUGAAGAUAAUAUGUGGUUCUGUUUCAACCUUCGAGACUAGGUGAGUGAUUCAGUUCAGAUAAAUUAAGUACGAGUCUGUUGUGUCGAGACUCAAACAAGAUACAGGCAUUCUUUUCUCUAUCUCAAUGGCAAGAAUCUUCAAUGUUGUAACACUCCAUUGUAGAAAAGAAAGAGCACACACAUGGGCAACAAAAACACACUGAUUCAGCAAUAAUCAUACCUUUUGCUCCUUUCCACCAUAUGAAAAGAGGGAUAAAAAGCAACAGGAGCAUCAUUAUAAUUCUUCAACCUUUUGUUUUUCUGGGUCCAUACUCUCAUAUGAUGCCCACAAUCUGAAUAUUUAUAAUUUACUGUUUUCAUUGCCAAAAAAAUUAAAAAAAAUACUCCCUCCGUUUAAAAAUAGCUGCACCAUUUGCAUGAUGUUUACUAUUCUCAUGUUACACUUUGAUUAUCUUUGGUAAUUUAUAUUUUAUGGAAAAACAUAAUUAUAUGGAAUUUUAUUAGAUUUGUCUCAAUAUAUAUUUUUUUAAUAUUAACAUUUUAUAAUUUUUACUUAUUGAUCUUAAUAUUUAAAACCAUACGUCAACAAACAUGAAAUGGUGUAACUAUUUCUAAACGAGAGGUUAAGUUUCACUUCCAUUUUUGAGUGAGAAGUUAAUAGACUUUUUAAGAUUCGUCAAUUCUUCCUUUGAUGUCCUCCUGUUGCCAGAGAUUUUUUAAGAAAGACUUUUCAACUUUAUUUAUCUUACUAAAAACCUGUCACUAAAGUCUUCUUUUCACACUUGUUGACCAAGAACAUCCCUAAUCUGUCUUAAAUAAAUGGAGUUAUAUGUAUGGCAGUAUGAGAUCUGGACUUUGCUUUAAUUUUAUUUGAACAUUGAGGUCUGUUUUUUUUAUGAUUAAAGGUCUUAGAGUCUUGAGAACAAUGACAAAUUCUUGCGUUAAAGAUCUAACCAUAUUUGCAUUAGAUACGUGAGUCCCAGCUGGAUCAUUAUGGUCACUCUAAUAUUUUACUUCAUUGUGUUUAUGCGUUACUUCAUAUCUACCGCCAAACAAACCCGGCCCGAUUCUAAUUCCAGGUCGAAAAUCAUAACACAAACCCGACUUUAUCGAUUUCGGAUUGACCAGAAACCAAUCCAAAAUUACGUCAAAUGAAAUUCAACUAUACACGCUAAGUUAUGAAAGUAUGGGUGAAUGACCUGAAAUGAGAUAGGUUGUAUGAGUUAUGAAAGUCUAGGUUAAUUUUAAGUUGACCCGGCAUGAAAAUAAUCAGACUUUUAAGACAGGUUAUUCGGGUUAUUUUCAGGUUCAAAAGUCAACCUGAACCUAACCCAUUAUAUUUCAGGUCGGGUUGGGUCAAUCUAUUUUUUAUUUCAGGUCGAAAAUCUCAACCAAACUCGGAAUUUAUAGGUCAGUUUCAGGCCGAGUUAUCGAGUUGGGUCAACUUUUGCCAAUCUUACUAAUAGCUAACUAAGUCAAUUUAUGAAGUCAAUCGAGUUGAUCAAGUAAUAAUUUUUUAAUCUUUUUAUGUAGUACUAUGACUGUUUUUUGUGCAAAUAAAUUUGAUCUUAAUUGUGUCCUGACAAAAAAAUAUAACCAAAUUUAGUCACCCCACAUCUUAUUAAAACUCAUUUACUAAUAAUCAAUCUAUGUGGUCAUAUACCACAUUUAAUUUACCAUUAAUCUACCGUGUAUCCAUUAACAUACUUCUACUACAAUAAAUUCUAUACGAAUGUUAUGAACCACAAUUCAGAAACAUGCUUUCAUUUAUUUUGUUUUAGAAACGUUCCAGACUUAGAUCUUUAUUUAUACCUAUAGAUAUAAACUACAGUAAUAAAAGAAGGAAAAACUGAAAUAAGUUUUAGCUAACACCUAAAUGUCAGACAUUUAUAUAAUUAUAGAUGACACAAUUACCAUCUCAACCUACUUUUAAUCGUGCUUUAAGUGUUCACAUUAUUAUAUUUGUACCUUUUAAUUGUUGAGUUUUCCUUAAUAUAUUUCAAUGGGAAAAGGGAAAAAAUGCAUAUUAAGUUCGGAAAAUCCGAACCAACCCGGGGUAACGCCUGGAUCUAAAUAGUAAAUACUAGUUUAAAUACCAAUAAAACGUCUCUACCUUAUGCAGGCAUAUGGUAUUUUUGACCCUAGAAAAUAAUCAGUACGUUAAUUUAUUUCAUAAGUUUUCUUUAUAUUAAUGCUAACCCUUCAAAAACUUAUGCUAUAAUCCAGGAGUGCAUGAAAAAUAAUAGUUUCCUAAGUCUAAGGAAUCAUUGUUAAUUUGCCUCUUUUCACCCAAUCUUACUAUUGUUGGAAUACAUAUAUAUAGGAAACUAUCAACCGUUCCUUUUCUUUUGAUGGUGUAGAACAAGGAAAACAACAACAUCAACAAGAAGAGAAGAAAAACACACACACAAAAAAUAAAGACAGAUUAUGAAAUGAAAUAGAUAGAAUAAUAAACAUACAUACAUACAUUUAUUCUAUGAAGUUGGUUGUUUUUGGAUUAAAAUCCUUAUAUCUUGAACAAGUUUUGAAGAAAUUGAAGUUUGUUUUCUAAGAAGAGUUUAUUAAAAUACAAAGAUAGACAAAAUUGCUAAGGAAUUAGAACUAGCUGCACAAAAUGCAGGGGAGGCGGGCAAUGACUAUGCCUCCCCUUCCUAUGCCGAGGAAGAGGUGGAAAAUGUCGAGAUGGAGGCACCGCUGAUUGGUGAUCCUUACGGCGGUGAUAGUGAGCACAUGGAGGAGCUCCAUCCGGCACCAUCAGGGGUGCUAAUGGCGGGAGACGACGAGGGUGGUGGUGGUGGUGGUGAUGGUGAUUAUCCUCCUAUAAGAAACUUUGAAGAUGCUAAGUGUAUAUGGUGGAUAGAGUCUACAAAGUUAUGGGUUAUUGCAGGUCCUAUUGCUUUCAAUAUUCUUUGUAAUUAUGGUAUAAAUUCUUUCACUAAUAUCUUUGUUGGACAUAUUGGUGAUGUUGAGCUCUCAGCUGUGGCCGUUGCUCUUUCUGUUUUUGGAACUUUUGUCUUUGGUUUCAUGUUAGGCAUGGGAAGUGCACUAGAGACAUUAUGUGGGCAAGCAUAUGGAGCAGGACAAAUACAAAUGCUAGGAAUCUACAUGCAAAGAUCUUGGCUAAUCUUAUUUGGGGCUUGCUUCGCGCUCUUACCUCUCUACUUAGGUGCUACCCCAAUCCUUAAGCUCCUAGGACAAGAACCCGAUAUAGCUGAGCUUGCAGGGAAGUUCACCAUACAAUGUCUCCCACAGAUGUUUUCACUUGCCAUAAAUUUUCCGACUCAGAAGUUUCUACAAGCACAAAGCAAUGUCGCGAUCAUGGCAUAUGUUGGCUUUGUAGCUUUAAUCAUCCAUGUCAUAAUGCUAUACCUAUUCAUCGAGGUGUUUGGGUGGGCUACUAUGGGUGCUGCUUUAGCCUACAAUAUCUCUGCUUGGGGGAUUGCAUUGGCUCAAGCAAUUUAUAUCAUGGGUUGGUGCAAGGAUGCUUGGACCGGCUUCUCUUGGUUAGCUUUUCAUGACCUCUGGCCUUUUGUUAGGCUUUCUAUUGCUUCUGCUGUUAUGAUUUGCUUGGAGAUUUGGUACUUUAUGAGUAUUAUUGUUCUUACUGGCCACCUUCAAGAUCCUGUCAUUGCUGUGGGUUCCCUAUCUAUCUGUAUGAAUGUAAAUGGGUGGGAAGGCAUGCUGUUCAUAGGAAUCAAUGCAGCCAUAGGUGUUCGAGUAUCGAACGAGCUUGGAUCAGGGCAUCCAAGGGCUGCCAAGUACUCUGUGAUCGUCAUUGUCAUGCAGUCCCUCUGCAUAGGUCUCCUUCUAAUGUGCACUGUCAUGCUCACCAGGAACCACUUUGCUGUAGUCUUUACAGACAGCAAAGAAAUGCAAAGAGCUGUUGCUCAUUUAGCUUAUCUUUUGGGCAUUACCAUGGUACUUAACAGUGUACAGCCAGUCAUAUCAGGUGUUGCUGUUGGAGGAGGGUGGCAGGCCUUAGUUGCUUACAUUAACUUGUUUUCCUACUAUGUUAUUGGACUACCUUUGGGAUUUUUACUUGGUUACAAGACUUCCUUAGGUGUAGAGGGUAUUUGGAUAGGAAUGAUUUGUGGGACUAGUCUUCAGACAUUUAUCCUUGUCUACAUAGUUUACAAAACAAACUGGUACAAAGAGGUAGAGCAAGCUUCAGAGAGGAUGAAAAUAUGGGGUGGACAAGUAGAAGAGCCACAUGAUGAUACAAAGGCUUUGACCAUGGUUGUAGUUUCAUCUGAAUCACCUAAAUAGGCUUCAUUUUUCUUUUUAUUUAGAUAGGAGAUUUUCUUAAUUUUUUUUGGUUUCUUUAUUGCUUUUUAAUCUCUUGAGUAUGUAGAACUUUUCUCUCUUUUCCUCCCAUUUUGGGAUUUUUUAGUGAGCUCUGAGCCUAUUUAGGAUUAGAAAGGAAUUUAUUAGCAGUAGAACUCAGAAUACAGAGAUGUAGCAAAUUAUGGUCAUUUGAAUUAAGAAAAUCAAGUAUAUCUAUACAAAUAUAUUAAAAG